AUGGGAAAUCGAAGUGGGAAAGUGGCUGAUCGUCUACGAAGAUGUAGGAAGGCGCUUAGCAAAUGGAAGAAAUCUAAUCCUUCAAACUCCCAGGAUAGGAUCCAAGCGUUGCAAUCUGAUCUGGAAAAGGAGCAAUCUUCUAAUCCUCCCUCGAUUUUUUGUUUGAAUCAGCAUAAGAGGGAGCUGUGUGAGGAUUAUAAAGAUGAGGAGUUGUUCUGGCGACAUAAAUCUCGAGAUAAAUGGUGUGUUGUUGGUGACCCAAAUACAUCUUUCUUCCAUACCUCUGUGAAGAGUUCUAGAGCAAGAAAUGUCUUGGAUAAGCUCACGGAUGAGAAUGGUAUUGUCCAAAGAUCAGAAGCUGCUAAGGGUGAUGUGGCUGCUUCUUACUUCAGAAAUCUCUUUAGAUCUUCUCAUCCGAGCAAUUUUCAAGAGAUCUUCUCUGGUUUUGAGCUGAAAAUCACUGAGUCUAUGAAUGAUCAGUUGAUUAAAAAGGUCACAAAAGAGGAAGUAAAGCAGGCUGUAUUCUCAAUCAAGCCUUCGAGUCCUCCUAGAGCAGAUGGUAUGACAGAAUGGAAUCACACGCAGCUUUGCCUCAUUCCGAAGAUUACCAACGCACUCUCGAUGCCAGACCUGCGUCUGAUCAGUCUCUGCUCGGUAUCUUACAAAAUUGUGUCAAAGAUCAUGGUGUCAAGGCUCCAACCGUUCUUGCCUGAUAUCAUAUCUCCAACGCAAUCGACUUUUGUUGCUGAGAGGCUCAUCUCAAAUAACAUCUUAAUUGUUUAUGAGGUGGUGUAUGGGCUUAGGACAUUCCCGAGAAUUGCUAAGGAAUUCAUGGUGGUGAAGACUGAUAUGUUAAAGACAGUAACCUACACAGUCCUCAUCAAUGGGAAUGAGCAUGGUCUGGUUGUUCCUAAGAGAGGAUUAAGGCAGGGAGACCCUUUGUCUCCUUUCCUUUUUGUGCUGUAUACCGAGGGUCUGAAUCACAUGUUAAACAUAGCUGAGCAAUCGGGUCAGAUUGAAGUAAUCAGAUUCUCUGCUUCUGGUCCGGAGAAGCUUGGAAUAUUUGCUGAAGGUGGAGCUAGUACCUACCUUGGUCUUCCAGAAUGCUUCAGUGGAUCAAAGGUUGAAUUGCUUGCUUACAUCAAAGAUAAGAUGAAGGCUAGAAUCUCAGGUUGGUUUUCUAGGCAACUUUCCCAAGGUGGUAAAGAAUUCCUGCUCAAAGCAGUAGCAAUGGCGAUGCCGAUCUAUGCUAUGUCUUGCUUCCGCCUGCCUAAAACCUCUCUCGCCAAUCUCACUAGUGCCAUGUCAGACUUUUGGUGGAGCUCUCUUGAAGAUAAGGGGAACAUUCACUGGAUUAGCUGGGAAAAGCUUUGCCUCCCUAAAAGCCUUGGGGGUCUGGGUUUCCGAGAAUAUGAAACUUUCAACCAGGCUCUUCUAGCUAAGCAAGCUUGA